AUGAGCAACUGGACGUUGAUCGGCAACUGCUACAAGCUCUGGUGGCCCGAGCAGGCCGAGUAUGAGUGCAAUCUCUCAGGUGCGGAUCUCGUAUCAAUUCAUUCGGCUGCGGAGUUGGAUUUUGUUAACGGCCUCAUCAAAAGCAACGAAGCCAACGACGACAAGAGCUGUACCGGAAAUCCGUGUAUUCAAGGGGCUGGUGUGUACACAGGACUCCAAUCCUAUGCCGAUACUGUAACAUGGACCGACAACUCUCCCGUCGAUUUCAAAUUCUGGGGUGCUCUUCCGGGACUGGAUUACGAAUCCCUAUUGCUCUUCAAUGACGCCUCGUGUCCACCACCAGCCAUUCGGAAUGGAUUUUAUUACACCAGGGUCACAAGAUUUCCAAGAUAUCUCUGUAAAAGAGCGCUU